AUCUACCUUGGAGACGACGAACUACUACAACUAUUCCAAGUUCGCAAGUGAAGGAGCACUGUUAUCGCUGCGGUGUCAGUGAAAAGUCACUUUUGAGGUUAGGUUAUUAUUGUCGGCAACAAUAUUGUGCAAACAGUAGUGUUUUAUAAGUUGUUGUGUAUAUUUACUUUUUAAAAUCAUGGGUGAAACGAUUGUGGAAAUUGAACAGGGUAAAAUAAAGGGGCAGGUGCUAAAGAAUUUUGACAACUUCGAGUAUUGUAGUUUCAAGGGUAUCCCGUAUGCGAAGCCGCCUAUUGGUGAACUGAGAUUUACUGUACCCCAACCACCGGAAUCCUGGGAAGGUAUCAGAGAUGGCACCAAAGACUGUAACAUAUGCGCACAGUUCGACAGGGAACUACAAGGGGUUAAGGGACAUGAAGAUUGCUUGUACUUAAAUGUCUAUACGCCCAAAUCUUUCACUGAUGGCAAUAAGAAAUAUCCUGUCAUGGUCUUCCUUCAUGGAGGCGGUUUUCUGUUCGGCAAUGGAACGGAUGAUGCAGCGCAUGGCCCCGACUACCUAAUCCAAAAAGAAGUCGUCAUUGUCAGUAUUAACUACCGACUGGGAAUACUCGGUUUCCUCUCGUUGGACCGAAAGGAGGCUCCAGGUAACAUGGGAUUGAGGGAUCAAGUGGCAGCACUAAAGUGGAUUCAGAAAAAUAUCUCUCAUUUUGGUGGAGACCCCAACAGUGUUACUAUCUUUGGUAUCAGUGCCGGUGCCUCGAGCGUGGAAUUACUCCUCUUGUCGCCUUUGUCUAAAGGUCUAUUCCAUAAAGCCAUUGCCCAGUCUGGGUCUUCUUUAUUGCAUUGGGCUCAUAAAGUAGACAUUAAAACACUUGCUUACAAGAUACCGGUACUGCAAGGUAAAGUAAUCACCGACGACGAUCAACUGUUGCAGUACUUAAAAGAUAUGCCCACGAAUGAGCUGGUUAAGGCAUCUAUGGCCGUUUUGGCAACGGAAAAGACACGAGGAGGCCUUCAUUUCGGUUUCGUACCCACUGUCGAAAAACCUGGCGAUUGGGAACCAUUUUUAAGUACACCACCCUAUGAAUUAUUAGCAAGGGGUGAUUUCCAUAAAGUUCCAUACAUGUCUGGAUUUUGUUCAAGAGAAGGACUCAUAAUGGUUUCGCAUUUCAAACAGACUUUAGAUAAAUUUAUUCAGGAGAAAGUUUUUGUGGAUUAUUUACCGUUUGAACUGGAUGUCUCGGAAAAAAUUGACACAGAAUUGAAGCUGAAGAGAAAUUAUCUGGAAGCUGAGAAAAAGUACCAAGAUGAGGACGAAUACGCAAUAGAUUUCUUUUCAGAUGUCGACUUCAUCGCUGGUAUUUACACCGCUGCUAAAUUGAUUUCCAAAAAUAAUGCACCCGUCUUUUUCUACGAGUUUGCUUACGAUGGAAACUUAAACUAUAUUAAAAAGUCCUCCAAUAUUGAUAGACUGGGGGCUUGUCACGGCGACGAUGGCGGUUAUAUUGUAAAGAGCGCUAAAUUGGAUGGACCCAUCUCCGAUUUAGACGUACUUGUCCGGAACUCUAUGAAUCAAAUGUGGGCAAACUUUGCACGUUACGGGGAUCCAACUCCAAGUGUGGACUCUGUGCUGACGACGAAGUGGGAACCUAUUGCUGACACGGGUAUGGCCUGCCUCGUGAUAGACAAGGAGAUGAGAAUGAAAUACGAAGUCUAUCCUCAGAGAAUGAAAGUUUACGAAGAACUCUAUGAAAAGAAACGCAAAACUUACAAUUAAAUCAGUAAUUAUUAAAUCAUUGUUACCUUCAUAUUGGAAUCAGAUUUUAAUGUUGUUCUUGAAUGAAUAAAUGAUAAAUAUUUUAUACGUAUAUUCAA